GAAGAAGCAAUGACGAAUCAGAAGGGCCUCCAGGAGGGGAUAAAUGAACAAGAUGGUGGCAUCGUAAUGGAGGAGAGGGAUACUGACUUAGCAGGUGAUGUUCUGGAUGCAACAUCUCAAGAAGCGGAUAAUGCUUUUAGAGAUAAUCUUGCUGCACGUUUUCAGAAGAAGGAAAGAAUCGAAGCAGUUUCAAAAUUGUCAUCUCCAAUUUUCAUGAUGAAUGAAGGGUUAUCGUUGUCUUCAACCUUCACAAUGAACAAUGGUCAUAAGAUUCCAUUACUAGCUAUAGGUAUGGGUGGCGUGGGUGAUGGUACCGAAGCUCCUCAAGGGGAAACUACGCAAAAUGUCAUUUUAUGGGCUCUAGAAUCUGGAUACAGGCAUAUAGACACUGCAUCAAGAUAUGGCAAUGAAGAGGACAUUGGAAUUGGAAUCAUCAAAAGUGGUAUUCCGCGUGAUCAAAUUUUUAUUACUACAAAAAUCUGGGAUAUGGAUCAAGGUUACGAAUUAACUCUCAUGGCCGCAGAGACUUCCUUAUCAAGAUUUCAAACUUCUUAUAUCGACUUGCUGCUCAUACAUUCACCUAGGCCUGGCUCUCAAAAACGUAUAGAAAGUUAUAGAGCUUUACAAGAAUUAGUUAAGCGAGGAAAUGUUAGAAGUAUUGGUGUAUCAAAUUAUGGUGUAAAACAUCUAAAGGAGUUGAUGGAUACUAAUCCUGAAAUUAUACCUGCCGUUAACCAGAUUGAAGUUCAUCCUUGGAACAAUCGAAAAGAAAUUAUAUCUUAUUGCACUAAACAUAAAAUUAUUGCAGAGGCUUUUUCUCCACUUACCAGGGGGAAAAAAUUAAAUGAUCGUGCUCUUGUUAACAUCGCUGAGAAAUAUAAUAAAUCUGCCGCUCAAAUUUUGAUUCGUUGGAUAAGCAUAUAA